AUGGUUAAGAAUGUCAACAGGAUUGAGCCCAGGAAAAAGCCAAGAAGACUAAGAAUCCGUGUUCCUUCACAGAUUAGACGCAUCUUCAAUUACAAAUGCUACAUCACCUUCCUUACUGGCUUCUACAGUUGUCACUGGGGAUUCAGACAGUGGGAAAAAACCGAACUCGGAUCCUGUUGCUGCUCUCGGAGAGAACAGGUUUUCUUUGUAUUCCUGGUGAUUUCAUUUUCUCUCUCCGCCGCCACCCUGUUCGUGUGGGUAGAAACUUCCAAUGAAUAUUUUGACUUCGACUGGGUUACUUAUCUAGGAACAAAACGUUGGUUCUUCUGGUCCAUUUUUAUUCUGAGUUUAGCUGGAAUCAUGGUGGCCUACACUUCAUUGUUAUUGGUAAUUACAUUUUUGUUGCUCCGGGAAAGGAUUGAACUGUACCUGCAUACAUGCCAUAAGGUCUUCAUUUGUCUCCUGAUUCUACUGUGUGUCUUUCUUCUGGUUAUUUUGUCCAAAUUCUGGCAGGACAAGUGGAUGAUAGUCGGGUUGUCAUUGAGGAUCUUUGCUCCCUAUGUGCACCUGUGCAGCAUCGUUCUGAUGUCCCUCAUCUCCUGGCCGCUGGCGUUCUACGUGUCCCAUCUGGAAGCGGAAAUUAGAAUAAGAAGAUUCAAGAUGACAUGUUCCGACGUGCAAAACCACCAGGGAAGUGAUAUAUUCAGACGGUUAAGAGCUCUACAAGUGGCUGCUGGAUUGCCCUUUGCAAUUCUCCUCCUAUGUUUGUAUUUGUUGCCUCUGGGGGUUUACUCUCCUUGCAUUCUGAAGAAGGAGGAUUUGGCGCCUAGACCUCUCUUCGUUGCACACAGAGGGGCACCCAUGGUAGCCCCAGAAAAUACCAUGAUGUCCUUCCAGAAGGCUGUUGAAUUUGGUACCUAUGCUCUGGAGACUGACGUAUACUUAAGUUACGAUAAGGUGUCUUUCCUCAUGCAUGACUUUGACCUGAGCAGAACAACCAAUAUCAGGGAGGUCAUGCCAAGUGCCGCCUACGAAACCCCUGCCGCCUUCUACUGGAAUUUUCUGAAAACGCUGAAUGCUGGCAAGUGGUUUGUAGAGCAAAUGCCCUAUUACAAUAUGAAACCUCUAUCCGAGGCAGACAAAAGAAGAGCAAGAAACCAGUCAAUUCCAAGACUCGUCGAUUUAUUGGAAUUUGCAAAGAAGGAAAAGAAGUUUUUGAUAUUUGAUCUUUUCCGUCCUCCACCAAGCCACCCUCUCAGAGGAGACUUUAUCCAGCACGUGGUGGAGGAGAUCCUCAAGUCUAAGAUCGAGCAGCAUCUGAUCCUUUGGCUGCCCAAUCAGGAGAGAGAUUACGUCCAGAGGGCAGCGCCUGGCUUUCAGCAAGUGGGCCGUUUAAAUCCCGUUCAUCGACUUGUAAAGGAAAACAUCAGUAAAAUAAAUGUUGACUACAAGACGUUAUUCUACAAUGGGAUGAAGGAGUACAAGGACGCGAACAUUAACAUCAACCUCUACCUCGUCAACGAGCCGUGGCUCUUCUCCCUGGCUUGGUGCUCCAGGAUUAACUCGGUGACCACGGACAACAUCCCGGUCCUCAGUCAGCUGAACUACCCCUACUUCUUCAUGACCCCGGGCUACUACACGUGCAUGUGGCUGCUCGUGGACUUCACCUCCGCCGUCCUCGUGGCGCUCGUGUGCUGCUUCCACUGGUGGAAGGAAGCCAAGAAGGAAAGACGGCUGGAAGUCUGCAGCAUCGCCCCAGGUAAGGCCUCGGGCCCCUCUGCAGCCCCCGCCGCUGCGUCCCGAGGGGGUGAGGGGGAGAUGGGCCCCGGGGGCGGCCGGGAAGUCCAGUCCCGUCCGCCCCAUCCCCGGCUCGCAGCCGAGCCGUCAGUCAAGCGCCGGGGGGCGCUGGGCACAGAGCGAGGUGACCGCAGGCGUAGCUCGGCCUGCGGCGGGUGUGGCUCACGCUGA